UGGGUUUUCAGAAGGAUUACCGCGGCGGGCUGGCUGGAGGAACGAAUCACACCGUCGCCGCCGUCGGUCGGUCGGGUUUUUCCAGCUGCGGUGAGGAGCAGCGAGAGAGAGGAGCCGUGAUGGCAUGUGUUGCACCGGAUAACUUUACCCUGGAGGACAACAAAGAUCCAGUUUGAGUCCUGAGAUUAUGUCCGGAGCUUGUUGUUGUGCUGCUGUGGAGAAAAGUUUACCAGGAGUAGGGAUACUCUUAUAAUAUGGCGGAGCGCAGCGCUUGCGAUGCCAACAUCCUCAGCAUCCCGGUGCCCAUGCGCCGCGGUGGCUCCGAGUCCAACCUGGACGUGGUGGACAGCGUUGGGAUCGAUGGAGUGGGCCUGGAUUUCACCAAGGGAGCGCUGGGUAUCGACAGCCUGCAGCAGAAGAUCCUCAAGGUGACGGAGCAGAUUAAGGUGGAGCAGACGGCUCGGGACCAGAACGUCGCAGAGUACUUGAAGCUGGUGAACAACGCCGACAAGCAGCAGGUGUCACGAAUACGCCAGGUGUUUGAGAAGAAGAACCAGAAGUCGGCGCACACCAUCGCUCGGCUGCAGAGGAAGCUGGAGCAGUACCACCGCCGUGUGAAGGACGGCGAGGCCAACGGGAAACAAGGCCACAAGGAUGGCAACAGCAAGGAGUCUGGCACCCACAGUAAAGAGGGAAGCCUGCGGGACGUGAGCGCCACCGGGCGGCACCCGGCGUUGGAUAAAGUGAAGACAAUCGGGCCUGGUGUGUCGCUAUCGCCACCGUUCUUCUUCAACAAGUCGCGGGAGUUCGCCAACCUCAUCAGGAACAAGUUUGGCAGCGCCGACAACAUCGCCCACCUCAAGAGCUCCAUGGAGUCAGGGUCAGGGCUGCAGGUGGACAGCGCGUCGAGGGGUCUGAGCGGGAGCGCCACCACAGUAGCCAAGGCGAGUAAGUACCAGAGCGACGACGAGUGCUCCACGGGAACGUCUGUGUCUGCCGACUCGAACGGGAACCUGGGCGGUGGCUCGGGGGCGGGGUCUGGAGGUCCGGGGAGAUCUGACUCCAACGGGCGUCUGGGGGAGGUGCUGGACAUGGUGCGGGAGAUCAGGGAGGCUCAGUCACAGCUGGCCGAGGACAUGGAGACUCUGAACACGCAGUUCAAACGAGACUACAGCUACUUUUCUCAGAUGAUGCAGGAGGAGAGAUACAGGUAUGAGCGGUUGGAGGACCAGUUAAAUGACCUGACGGAGCUCCACCAGCAUGAGACCAGUAACCUGAAGCAGGAACUGGCCAGUAUUGAGGAGAAGGUGGCCUACCAGGCCUACGAGAGGGCCAGGGACAUACAGGAGGUGCUGGAGUCGUGCCAGACUCGUGUGUCUAAGCUGGAGCUCCAGCAGCAGCAGCAACAAACGGUUCAGGUGGAAAACACUGACGCCAAGGUGCUGCUGGGGAAAUGCAUCAACAUCAUGCUCGCCAUCGUCACCGUGAUCCUGGUGUGCGUUUCCACGGCGGCCAAGUUCACCGCCCCGCUGCUGCGUAGCCGCCUCCACCUGGCGCUCACCUGCGUGGGCGUGUCCGUGUUAGCGCUGCUGUGGAAGAACUGGGAACAUUUGCAGUGCGCUUUGGAGCGACUGCUCCUCCCGCACUGAUCUGGGGAGGAGACCAGAAAACUUAACCACAGACCCCCGUGGGUCCAGGUCUCCGUGAGGUGCGUCGUCAUGGCAACACAAAAACUGGGGGAGGAGUUUACAUGUAGCCUUAUACCAGCCCUAGUUCCCCAUUGAUUUUAGGCUCCACGGUGACUUUGCAUGUGUAAAUGGGGUUGACACAAAGCCUUUCCCAGAAUGCACCUCCACUGUAAUUCCAACACACAGAUGUAAGCUGAUAUAACUGUGACAAAGAUCGACAACGUGCUGUCUACAAGGCUGAAGGUGCAAAACGCAUGAACUUUGCACAACGCUGACAUAAAAGUGCAUCACUACAGUCACUUAAAGAUGAACCAGCCUCAUCUGGUCAUCAGAAGAUUCUGUAUCGCAGCAACAACAGACACUAAUAUCUAAAUAUAGAGGAUUUCAUUGGUGCGUGGAAAUACAGCGAUUAUUUCCUGUCCUUUUAAAGGGAAGUGUAUCUGUUAUAGCACCACCUCACACCUCUAAACAAACACUCGCUGGCUGCGUGUGGCCAGUCGAGCAGUCUUGAACACCAGCCAGCUGUGACAAUACAAAGACACAUCACACCUGAAGGUUGAUUUGUACUGUGUACUGAACUGUAUUUAUGUCAUGUUUUUUUCUUGUCAGUGUCUCAUUCAAAAGGACAUUUUUUUUUUAAAAACUGUUGUUUUAAACUGUGGGUGUGUUUGUCUGAGUGUACGCCUGCUCGUGUGUGUCUACACUGUGUUUCACAUUUUGUGAAAUUAGAGAAGUUCGCUUUCUCGGAGAGAGUUUGGUGAGAAGAUCAACACCACUCAAAAUGAAACUAGAGCCAGGAGAGGAUUAGCUUACCGUGAAGAAUGGAGGCGGUGGAAACAGCUAGCCUGGCUCUAUCUGAAGGUUACAAAAUCCACCUACCAGCUCCUGUAAAGCUCACUAAUCAACACAUUUGAUAUUGUUUAAUCUGCUCAAAAAAACAUAAUGUAAAUACAACAAUUUGUGCUUUUAUGUGGGUUAUGUGCGGAUGGAUAGAAGCAUUAACUUUCUGUCACCUGUUGUUUUUACACAAUCAAAAAAUGUUAAAUGGUGAGUUUUUGAGGUGCUCGUAGGCUUGUUAUUUUAGCUUAGCAUAAAGACUGGAAACGGAAACUGGAAAACUAACUUCUAACUGAAGUUAGUAUAGCCAACUUCCCCCUGUUUCCAGUCUUUAUGCUAAGCAAAGCUAACUGGCUGCUGACUGUAUCUUCAUAUUUACUGUAUGGACAUAUUGAUCUUCUCAUCUAACUCUGCAAAGAAAGCUCAUAUUUCCCAAAAUGUCCAACUAUUCCUUUUUAAAGGAAAGCUUUGAAACUGCCUCCUGUCUUGUUGAUUUGAUGCUUUUGGGUUUUUUUCGUCAUGUAGAAAUCUGUUUUAUGUUUUUCGAAUUGCUUUACUCAGCUCCAAAGACUGCAGCUUUAGCAUCGACCAGCUAUCUAGCAUGUAAACUGUGAGGAAGGCCGACACGAUUAGAGAAAAGCUCUUUUUUUUUUUUAUUGAACUGCCUUUUUUUACAGAACAAAUUGAUUUUUGUGUGAAGUCUGUGAUGUUGUGCUACGUUCAAGUCCUGUGGGAGUAACAACAGCAACACGGUUCAAAGCCCUGACUUUAAAGGAUUCCCUCCUGUUGAAACUUGUUUUUUAAGCCACGUAGUGAUUCCUGUUACUACAUUACAAUUACUCAUAAUAAUUCCUGUCAGCCUUUUCACUUGACAGCUGGGAAGUGACUCAUUUGAGAUGAAACUAGCACACAAAGUCCUGCCCUGCCAUCAUAUAUUAAGACUUAUGAAUUGGAGGAUGAAGGUGGUUUUACUUGAAAUAAGUAUGUCUGUUCUUGCACUAAAAUAUUGAAAUGUCAGUAGCCUAGAAAAAAAAUCCCAAACAGGAAAACUUCCAGAAGUGGUAAUAUCAACACCUUAUUUUUCCCACGUGACAUGAAUGCAGCAUUACAGAAAGGACAGAGGAAACUGAACAAUGUAGCUCCGUGCUCCCUAACCCUGUAUUAUCACUGUGAUGAUGAGGGGGAUGAAAUGGGACUGAUGCCUUUUCAAUGCAGCUUAUUUUCUUUGUAUUCUGUUUGCAUCCCUUCAAAAGCCAAAUAUGGAGAUUUUUAAGGCACAAAGGCCUUUCCAAGUGACACGGAAAAUACUAUUUUUUAUCUUUUUUUGUUUUCUUAGCAUCAUUCUUUGAUGUUUUUUUCUCCAUAUUGGCUCAAAAAACUAUUUUGCUCUUCAGGAGAGACGUGCACCUCCUCUCCAAAAGCUGUAUUUGUAACUCCAUAAUUCCAUAUUUUCACAUUUCUGUCUCCUAAAUGUGCAUUAGUUUCUGGUUAUGGGUUUCCAUAACGUUAUUUUUUUUUCAAAGAGAAAAUAAAUCUUUGUUUUUCCAAGA